AUGAGGCUGUCUCACAUAGCCAUGGUGCUGGGGGCGAGUGUGUUUGCCAUCACCGCCAGCAGCCUCCUCAACUUCAAGAUGAUGAUCCAACGGAUCACGCAGAAGAACGCGCUCAUCUACUUCAACGGCUACGGCUGCUACUGCGGGAAGGGCGGGCGAGGGAAGGCGAAGGACCCCACGGACAUGUGCUGCUAUAACCACGAUUGCUGCUACGAAAAUUUGCAUCGCCAAGGUUGCCACCCGUACAUCGACCACUACAGAUACCUGAUUAUCAACAACCGGGUGCUGUGUAAGUACAAGAACAGAACGGUGUGUGCCACCUUGGCGUGCGAGUGCGACAAACACGCCAGCUUGUGCUUCAAAAGAGAAGCGCCAACCUACAACCGCAAACUGCGACAUUAUCCCGUAGCUAUGUGCAAAGAGGUGACCCCCAAGUGUUUUCCCGGCCCCGAGUUUUGAGGGGGGGGGGGCUCUGAUGGCUGCCAGAUGGACGGCAUUCAGCCUGGCCAGCGUGCCUCUGCCUCCUCCCAGAGCCUGGGCCUUUUGGGGGCUUGUAAAUAGAGACUUGUGUUCAGGUUCUCCCAAACCUCAACCAAGGAUUGGAAGCCUUUGUGUGUGUGGUGUAAGCGUGUAUAAUAAACAUUUGUUUUU